UGUUAGAAUUUCACGGGGUUAUCCGAGAUGGGUGUGAUUGGCUUGUUGAAGCUUGUAUGCGCAGGAACGAACAUUCGGGACACCGCAAAAUGAUUCGGUUCACGGUGUUACUGUAAGUGUCGCGUCAACACUCAAAAAUGGCAUUCCUAUGGAACGAAAGGGAAGAUGUUUUACUGAACUGUGCAGAUGUUAACUUCGAAACCUCGACUUUAACUUUAAACGAAGAGACUACAACUCUAGCUAGUUUGAAUGAUGAUGUUAUGGGAGUAUUUGACCUGAGCGACAACGUGUAUUGUAAUGGCGAUCUUGACUUCCAUGUGUUUCCGGACGAAUGCUUCACUCAGGAUUCCCUGCAAAACGAACUCAGUGACAGUUCAGAUAGCGGGAUAGGUUCGUCAGGAAUCCACGAGGGCAACUGGAGACCAUGUGAAGGACUAAACACCAAGCCGCCAUCUUCUCCUGACUUGUGUUCCUCCGAUUUAGUGUCGGUGAAAAGUAGCCCUCAGCACAUCAAGCAGGAGCUGAGUAUUCAGCCUCAAAGUCAGUUCAGUCAACCGAAUCAAAACAACCAACCAUACCAUACUAUUGUCAUUCCACAAAAAGCAAUUAACAUAAAUUCCAUUAUGGAUUCUAAGGUGAAAAUUAAACCGAAGCCAAUCGUACAAAAUGGUUCUAGUAUGUUUAUAAAAGUUGAAAGUCAAAAUGGCCAGAUAAUUAAUGAGGGACCAAUUCCACAAGAUCAAUUUGGUGCUCUGUUAAACCCGAUGAGCCACGUUCAAAUGAACAAUGAAUUUAAAUCAACGAAACGUCAACAGCGGAUGAUAAAAAAUCGUGAAUCUGCAUGUUUGUCAAGAAAACGCAAGAGAGAAUACCUCAGUCAGCUGGAAGACCAGCUAAGGGAAUGCAGCAGUCAAAAUGAGAAACUUCGAGUGGAAAAUGAUUUGCUGAAAGAAAGAAUAAGAGUGUUCGAAGCAGAGAAUUCAAAUCUUAAAAGAACUGUGUGUUUAUCUCCCGCAAAGAAAGUAUGCUUAAUGGGUGUAUUCAUGAUUUUGUGCGUAAACGUUUUCUCUGGUAAACUGUCUUUAAUACAAAAUGGACAACCUGGAGGAAAUGAUGAAAAAAUUCCAACCUACAAAGGGAGACAACUUCUGUCAUAUCCAGAAGGAGCAAAAAAUAAUCUUAAAUCAUUUGCCUCAAAAGGUGAUAGGCAGAAAUUGAAACAGCUGUUUCAUGACCAAGUAGAAUUUGCAAGAAACAAAAGUGAAAUUAACUGUGCAACGUACUUAAAUCACACAGAAUCGGUAAAAUUAGCGGAAGAGUUAUCGGGCUGGAUGAAGAGGUUUAAACUCGAGAAACGGAAGAGUUCAAAGAAAACCGUGAGAAAAGCACGCAAAUUUUCACGUACAAAUUACUUUUCAUCAUUCCGAGGACAAAUCCAGAAAUUGUCCACCAAGUACUUUGCGAAUCAUUACCAAAUACAGCCUCUUAAUUACACGCACAAGGAGGAAUUCUGGAACGGAAUAUCAAGAAGAAAUGAUACAUUUUAUAUAUUGUCCUUCAACACAGAUUACUAUCUAGUACCGGCCACGCUACACAAUGGAACAGAGAGGCCAAGAAUGUCGCUAUUUAUGCCGGGUCUAACUCGGAAUGACACGCAUGUUGGAAAGAUUGGCAUGAUACAAAUUGAUUGUGAAGUGCUAAAAACAAAAUUUGUCGACGUACAAAAGUCAAUGAUUCCGACACAAGAGUUGCACAAAAACAUGCCUUACUUCACUUCUUAUGAUGGAAUUUAAUUUAAUGUUAUAAAUUAUUAAACACAA